AUACCGUCUCCCCCUUCUGUUAUUUGUUAUUUCGGGGCAUUCUUCCGGCGGAUUUCUGACGGAGGUCUUCCGGAAAGUCUUCAUCUGGUUUCUAAACUUUCCUCUCUCCGGCGGGGUUGUCCCUCUCCGCUUCCUUCAUCUCCAUCCCGUUUUUUUCCGGGUUCGAUUGGGGAAAAAUUACUCAGUAAAAUACCUCACUUGAGUCCCUUCCCCUCCAGAGUAAACACUAAACUCUGCCGGAAAGCAGAAAGGCUCAAGCAAAAACAAUGGGUAUCAUAAAAGACGGUUCAAUCUCUGGAAUCCUACCCGGCAGCAACAAGGUCUUCGCCGUUCACUAUCCUGCUUAUCCUUCAUCCCUCCAACGCGCCGUAGAGACUCUGGGGGGCUCUGAUGCCAUUGCCAAGGCUCGCAGUUCACAGACAAACAGGUUGGAGCUCCGUUUCCGGCCUGAAGAUCCGUAUUCACAUCCUGCUUUUGGAAAGCUUAAGCUUUCUCGAAGUUUCCUGUUAAAAAUAACACGAGAGAAAGUUAUGGAUUCCGAAAAUGCAGAUACCAACUGUAGAUCGUCAGAAUCUUCUUCUUCAGUGGGGUUGGUUAAUAUUGAACAAAAUGAGUCACAUCCUGAAUUCUCUAAAGCCUCCAAACAAGCCAAUCAAACUAAAACGAUAUCAGCUGAUUCUUGUGAACAUGUUGAAGGGGGGAAAGAGGAAGCUUUGAAACCACAUCUCUCUGCUGAUAUUGUUGCUCAAGUUGCUGAAGCCUAUCAUUUUAAUGGAAUGGUAGAUUAUCAACAUGUUAUUGCUGUCCACGCUGAUGUUGCUAGAAGAAAGAAGAGAAAAUGGGAUGAGUUGGAACCCAGCCUUGAGAAGAGCAGUCUUAUAGAUGUUGAGCAAGAUGACCUAAUGAUUUUAGUACCACAACUAUUCUCCAUGAAGGAUAUGCCAGAAAAUAUUGUGUUGAAGGCAUCUGGAAUUUUAAGCUCAAAAAAGAAGCAAGUAGGGGUUGUCCAACAACGUUGGGAGAUGGAAAUAGAGCCAUGUCUUGCCAUUGACUUUAACAACAGAGAUAUCCUAAUCCUAAUUGCCUGUGGUGGAAUGUGGGUUAUUCAUUUCAUUCCAGAUUUUUCAUUUUAAAAUACUAUUCGACUAUAAUCUGUGUGCAUCUAAGGUUAUUACUUAAACCAAAUUAGAUCAUGUAACAUCCUUCACAGAUCUACAAUACAUUUCUUUUGUAGUUUCUUAUUACCUUUGUAGUUUUGCUUAACAUUCAUACAUGUUCCUAAGAAAGUAAACUGGGAAAAAUACAUAUCCAAAGGAACACAAGAAUGGGAGUGGCAGAAAGCUGUAUCUGAACUUUUUGAUGAGCGUCCAGUUUGGGCAAAAGAGGCAUUGGCUGAAUGCUUACUUCAGAAAGGGAUGCAUUUUAGAGAAGCCAUGCUGAAAAGGCUUCUUUUCAGAGUAGCGUACUACUUUUCUCAAGGACCAUUUCGUAGGUUGUGGAUAAGAAAAGGAUAUGAUCCUCGCACAGAUCCCGAGACUCGCAAAUUCCAAAGUAUUGAUUUUCGAGUACACAACCCAUUGUUGCAAAGCUACUGUGAAGCUCAAGCAGAAUCCGGAGUGAAGCACAGAUGGAAGGAUUUAUGCUCAUUUCAAGUUUUCCCUUCUAAGUGCCAAACAUCAUUGCAGCUUUGUGAUCUUGUCGAUGAUUACAUCCAAGAAGAGAUCAAAAAACCACAUAAGACAACGGAAUGCAGUGUAUGUAGCAUUAAGGAUUAUUGUAGUAAUGAUGGGCUUGGUUUUUUUUAGCUUGAUUUAGGUUGCUUUAUGAUAGAUCUAUCAGUUUUCUUAUUUUGCUUGGCUGGCUCUUCUUCUCCCUUGUUUGCUCUACUUGUAUAGUUAGCAUGAGUUGAGGGUGAGAUUACAGAAUUUGAAACAUUUGACCAGUUUAUAUCUGCUUAAGCUGUUAUGCAUGGACUUGGAAUAAAAGAAAGAUAAAAGUUUCAUUAUUAGACACACAAGCUCUCUGAAAUUCUCUUCACAGUGUCUUGGAAACUAUAUAGAGCAUGCAAAUUGCAAGUGGGGGCAGUGUAGUUGGCAGCGUGUUCAUUGUCCGAGAGGCCCGUUUUGUCUUGCUACAUUUUUCAUCAAAGUCGCUGCAACAUGACGUGUUAUCGAGUCCGUGA